AUAUUUGUUUAGAUAGAAUCGCUUCCUCGUGUGCACUAAUAAGCACAUUGCCCUCUGCAAGGGUACAAAAGUAGACAAAAGUGGCUUAAGCUGAGUCCAAUUGAGGCUUGACUUGAAUCGGAUGGGAUCGUAUUGCUAUGGUUUGCUUGGCGGCCGGCAGUGGUGAUGAUUCAGCUGGAAUACUUGGAUAUUUAGCCAUUCGAAUGUUUGUUUGGCAAAUUGUUUGUUGAGAUGCGACAAAACUAAAGAAAAUCAAAGCCCAAAACCGUCGACAAAUCAAAUAACGGAACUCGCCUCGAAACCCACUACCUUAACUUAUUGGCUAUUCCAAGCGAAGGUCUCCACUGAGGCUGUACUCAUAUAAAUAUCAUAACUUCGAUCUGUUCCGACAUCAGACGCUCCACAGCCAUACAUCCAACAAGAUGAAAACCUUCGUCCUGACUCUCGCUUUGUGCGCCUGCCUGGCUGCCGCCGAUGUGUCCCACUUACAGCCCAGCACCAGCUACCUUCCGCCUCCUCGUCCGGAGCACGCUGUGUCCAUGAGCAUCGAGCAACAGGAGCUGCGAGAGCUGCCCGAGCAAGUGGAGUACAUGCGUCCAAAUGAACAGGGUCAGAUGGAGCCCAUGCCCAGCAGUCUUCUCACUCCUCCCGCUCCAGUGGAUCAGCAGGAAGCCAUGCCCUCCUCUCGCUACCUGCCACCUGCACCUGCACCUGCACCUGUUCCCGUUCCAGUUGAGAUGACCGUUGAACCCGUGAUGAUGCCCCAGAUGGAAGUGAUGGAGAAGGUCCAGCAACAGCCAGAGCUCGCACAUCGUUACCUGCCUCCCGCACCAGUUUCUGAGCAGCAGCUGACCUACCAGCAAUACCAGGAGCAGAUGCAGCAGAUCCAGAUGCACGAUGAGCCCCAGGAACAGCAGCCCCAGCAACCGCAGGAACAGCCGGAACAGGAGGACCAGCAAGCAACGUACGUUCUGGAUGUUCAGCAGCCCAUGGCUCCAUCCGAUGUGGAGACCCAAGAGCCUCUGGAACCGGAGCCCGCCCACGAACUCCGUGCCGAUGGCUAUUACUACAAACAGGCCGAAGAACAGCUUCGUCUGCGGCAUUAAGUCACACAAAAUUGAGUCACCCAAUGACGACAUCGACUCACACGACGAUGCGUCAUCUAAUUGUUGUUAAAUGUUUACCUUAGUUCUUAAAGAGCAUAUUAAAUUUCGGAUUUGAAGAAAUGUUUACCAUA